AACGACGUCGUUAAUAAAGGACGCGAAUUCUCCACGCUCCCUCCGGUUCUUCGUCAAGGUUUCAGCAAAACCCUGAUUCAAAUUCAGGUAACAAUGGUGACAGUCAUGGACUGCAGGAAUUGGGACGAAAACGUAUACAGAGACUCCAUUUUACUGGAGAGAGAAUCGCAAUGCCGAACUGUUUUCCGUACUGCAUUCGCCCCGAACCCGAAUCCAAACCAUAAUUCUUAUCCGGACCUCAUCGUUGCCGCCAUUAGCGACGGCUCUAUUGCCUCUUACUCCAUAUCCUCUUGCCUCGAUUUGAGCUCCGCGGGCAAUUCGUUGGUGCCAGUGGCUGAAUCUAGUUGGCUGGUACAAGGACAUGAUGGACCUGCUUAUGAUGUUAAAUUUUAUGGUAACGAUGAGGAUUCACUGUUAUUGAGUUGUGGUGAUGAUGGUCGGAUUCGUGGAUGGAAAUGGAAAGAAUUAUUGGGGUCUAAGGAGCCGGUGCAAGGAGGCACAUCACAGCCAAUGCUUGACUUGGUGAAUCCUCAACAAAAAGGUCCGUGGGGUGCACUUUCUCCAAUUCCAGAGAAUAAUUGCAUGGCCGUUAAUACUCAGACUGGAUCCAUUUUUGCUGCUGCUGGUGAUUCUUGUGCAUACUGCUGGGAUGUGGAGAAGAAUGAAAUAAAGAUGGUUUUGAAAGGACAUUCAGACUACUUGCAUUGCAUUGUUGCUCGAAAUUCUCACAAUCAGGUUAUAACUGGUUCAGAGGACGGGACAACACGAAUAUGGGAUUGCAGAACUGGUAAAUGUAUUCAAAUAAUUGAUCCACAGAAGGAUAAGAAGUCGAGGGAGUUGUUUCCAUAUGUCAGUUGCAUUGCUCUUGAUGCAAGUGAGAGUUGGCUGGCUUGUGGAAGUGGCCGGUCUUUAUCUGUUUGGAACCUUCCAGCGUGUGAAUGUGUUUCACGAAUCACGACAGGUGCUGCUAACCAGGAUGUCAUAUUUGAUGAUAAUCAAGUUUUAGCGGUUGGAGCGGAGCCCCUGCUUAGUCGCUUUGACCUGAACGGAGAUAUUAUUUCACAGAUACCAUGUGCUCCUCAGUCACUCUUUUCCAUUUCUUUACAUCCUUCAGGGGUCACAGCAGUAGCUGGUUACGGAGCAUUAGUGGAUAUUGUGUCGCAAUUUGGGAGUCAUUUGUGCACAUUCCAGUGCUGAGGAGUUUAGAUGGGACUGUCAAUGCAGCUUAUUUAACUUUGGAAUUUUGGUAGAUGAUGUAGUCAGUUAGAAUAGUAAGAAUGCCUGCAAAGAAACUUGUCAAUUAGAUGCCACAUAUUAAGAAAACACACACUGAAAAUAACACUUUAAAUUGCCAUGUACAAGUAACGUGCUGUAUUAAUUUCACUUCAAAUUUCUGAAAUUCAGAAGGCUUGAGAUUGAGGUUUGGUUAAA